AUGGCUGAAAACAAAGCAUCCGAAUUACAUGCCGCAAAAGGAGCUCCGGCCAACGACCCGACCCAGUCCAUAUUGAGUGCGGCGGUUAAGGUUCAGAAAGUCUUCCGAGGCCACGUUGACCGGCGCAAGUUAGCGGACUCCGCUGUUCUUGAUGGACAAAACUGGUGGCAAGCGCUAGACUUUGCAAAGUUAAAUAUUUCUACGACGUCGUUUUACACAAAGCCCGAAACAGCUGCGUCCCGUUGGAAUCGAGUCGGCUCGAAUGCUAGCAAGGUUGGCAAGGGUUUAUCUUUAGAUGCCAAGGCACAGAAGCUAAUUUUUGAGCAUUGGAUUGAAGCUAUCGACCCAAAACACCGUUAUGGGAAAAGCUUGCAUCUUUACUUUGAUGAGUGGCGAAAAUCCAAUUCCGGACAGCCUUUCUUCUACUGGUUGGAUCUUGGGGAUGGCAAGGAGGUCGAUCUCCAUGAGUGCCCGAAAUCGAAGCUUCAGAAUCAAUGCAUCAUGUAUCUUGGACCCGUCGAGAGAGAAAACUACGAAUACUCGGUUGAAGGUGGCAAAAUACUACACAAACUAACCGGAGAACCUCUCGACACAAACCAAGGUUCCACUUGGAAUAUUUUCGUCAUGAGCGUCUCUAAAAGAUUCUACUCUGCAGAGAUACGCGGUGUUUAUGGGGAUCAAGUGCACGAUGGUAGCGGGAAAUUCUUGAAAAGCGACUCGGCUAUAUAUAAAGUU